AUGCCUUUCAGCCAAGAGAGUCUGUUUCCAAAGUCGUGCUGGACGGAGAUUGGUUGUAUGCCCAUCCAACUGCCCACAUGUUAUGACAACAUGUCUACCUCAGUCUCCCACGAUUACUGGAAUGAACCAUGUCAUAUUGCUGUUUCUCCUGAAGGCAAGUACAUCUUUGGAUCCUCCCCGUCUGAGAAUCGGCGCAAGAAACCCUCCUCCUCGCCGUCGACGCCCACCACGCCCACACCCCCAUCCACUCCCCGCCAAGCACACACCCCGGCAACAGCACGCAAGAUGCAGCAACCAGAUGAAUCGCCCAAGCUGCAACCUGUUACAUCAAUCAUGCAACAAUCCACAGCCCAGAUACAACAUGCACCACCACCACAGCAACAACAACGUCAGCAACAAGUACAACACCAACAGCAGCAACCACAACCACUGAUUCAACAUCAAAUACAACCCCAAAGCAUACAGACAAAGUCUAUAAAUAAUAUCAAGAGUGGAGAAGGACUGGUCAGAUAUUCCUUUGAUCUAGAGGUGGAUUACAUUACAGAGAGAUUAAUUGCCGUGUCUUUCCCAUCUGGUGGGCUUGAGAACCAGUACCGUAGCAACCUGCGUGAUGUAGUUCGUAUGCUGAAGAGCAAACAUAACAACAGCUAUGUGGUCUUCAAUCUAUCAAGGAGGAGACAUGAUGUAUCCAAGCUCAACCAAGAGGUGCGUGACUUGGGCUGGCCCAAUGUCCUGGCUCCUCCUCUAGAGAGGCUUUGCAGCAUCUGCAAACAGAUGGAGACCUGGAUGAAGGGCAAUCUCAACAAUGUUGUAGUGCUACAUUGUAAGGGUGGCCGAGGUCCCAUAGGGGUAGUGGUAUCAGCCUUUAUGAACUAUUUGAGCAUCACAUCAGCGAAUGACUCAACGAUGGACCGUCACGCCAUGAAGAGGUUCCUGGAUGCCAAGGGUUGGAGUGGCAUGCAUCCAUCUCAGAUGCGCUACAUCGAUUACUUCUCAGGACUUCUCACCAACUCGAUCCAGAUCAACAGCUCGCCCCUCUUUCUCCAUCAUGCCGUCAUCCAUGGUGUGCCCAACUACGAUUCUAACGGAGGUUGCCGUCCUUUCCUGAGGAUAUACCAAGGCAUGAGCCCUGUAUACACAUCUGGUGUCUACACCGUGCCAGAGGGAACAAGUCGCUUUGUGAUCACACCACGCAGUGCUAUUCCUCUACGAGGAGACAUUCUGUUGAAGUGUUACCAUAAGAAGUUCAGAUCAACGACCCGAGACACAGUGUUCAGAUGUCAGUUCCAUACAACGGCAGUCAUGGAGUAUAGAUUGGUCUUCCAAAAGCAGGAACUAGAUGAUGCUUGUACAGAUGCUAGAUUCCCAGAAUUCACCAAGGUGGAGCUAAUCUUCUCUUCCACCCCCGAUGCCCUUCACGGGAGUGACUACGUCUCAGGAGCCAGCUUCCCGUCUGAACACAUUGAUGAUCCCCUCAUCAGAUGGGAUUCUUACGAACACUUCAAUGACAUCAUCGAAGGACCAGAAGACGGAGGCCCUGACCUCAAUGAAACAUCUGGGAACAACAACAACAACAUGAUCCUGGACAUCCCUCACAGCUCGGCUCCCGAUGGCAGCCUUUACGCUCAGGUCAAGAAGUCCCCAUCACCCGAGCAGUCACCAGUCAUCCCGAGACUGACCAAUGGAGACACCAACACGGCCCCCUUGCCAUAUGUCCUUUCCCCAGACAAAGCCCCUCAGGUAAACACUUCGAGGGAUGGAGGCAAGAGGAACAUGGACUACCGGGAGAGAAUGGCUCUGGAUGAACUGCUCAAAGGCAUCACUGGAGAGGACACAGACGGAGGCAUUGUGGUCAAUAACAACACACAGUGGAAGGCACCACCAUCACCUGAUAUUAACACGGUUCUCCACCAUGAGCCAGUUCACACAAGACGUAUUGUAAGCGUUAGUGAGGAUCUCCGCCACGCUCCCGUCUCCCAGUCCAAGCCCAAGCCACCGCCCACACUUCAGGAGGAUAUCAAGGAAGAGUCUGCCGGUCAGGAGAAUUCUUCACCAUCCAAGAAACCAGUAUCUAGGAAGGAGUCCAGUGAGGCUGAGAACCCCUAUGCAGAGAUCACAGAUGCCAUGCAGCAGAAGCUUCAGCAGAACCCUAACACCAACCAGAGUGGUCCACACCAGGAGAGGAUCACACCGGUGGUAGUGACUAACCAGGAGCACUCAGCACCACCAAUGAUGAAUGGAGGCACCAAUAUGCCAAGAUCCGUUGAGCAGCACAAUCCGACCUAUGACAUCACGCCCAAAGGAUCAAAGCAUGGGACAAGGCAGAAUGGUCAUGCGACCCCGAAUGGUCAUGUGACCCAGAACGGACAGGUGGUCCAGAACGGACAAGUGGCCCAGAACGGACAAGUGAAUCUAAACCCAGGUCAGGUGAACAUGAAUCCAGGACAUAUAAAUGUUCAGAAUGGACCAACACCUGUGGCCUAUAAUCAGAUGGUUCGUAACCCAAGUCCUGCCCAACCUUACAUAGCACAGAUGAAUGGGCCUGUGGAGACCCCUAUCAUACCCAACUCAGCCAGUAGGGUGACAGAAAGGACUCCCAAUUUUAAUAGAUUAGAAAAUGGCCCCACAUCGCCUGUGCACCAAAAUUAUGAGCCACGCCCAUUGAGAGCCAGAGAGGAUAGGUUCCAACUCCUGAGGAAAGACCCCAAUGCACCCCAACAACAGCAGUACCAGCCUUCCACCCCAUCCCCCAGCCAGGUAAGCCCUGUCAGCCCCACUGGGGAGGAGGAGGAUGGUGGGCUUGGCUGGCUUAAGAGGCAGCAGGACAGGCUUCGUGAGAAGCGGGAGAGGGAGAACGGGAGACCCAUCGUAAGGGAAGCACCGGCAGAACCCAUCAGGGCCAUGCCCGUCAAUGCAUCAACUGCAGAACCCAUCAGGGCCAUGCCUGUCAACGCAUCACCAAAGUUGCGCGUCCGCUUUGAGGGUGAUCUUCAGUCGGCGCCACCUGCAGUGUCCCCACCAAUGUUCACCAGGAAGGAUGAGCCUCCAUCUUGGCUUGCCCAGCAACAGCAGAAGCUUCAAGAUCGCCAAGGUUACAACAUCACCCCACUAAACCAGGCUCCGGUGGUUGCCACAGAAACCACACCAGUGCAGAAUGCGAUGUAUCCUGCUCACGAUCACUUGCUGAUGACUGGACCCAAGGACGGUGGCGUGUCUGUACGAAGGGGCAUAUCACCACCCCCUCUUUCUAUCUCAACUGACUUGGAACGAUCCAUCAGCGAGCUGGGGCAGAUGAACAGCGCCAAGCCGGCCCAGUCCUACGUCCAGCGAUCGAUCACCACCACGACCAGCCAUGAAUGGGAACCUCAUGAGAGACAGCUCAACAGGCAGCUUUCCGAUCUGACCCACGACAGGUUUCGUGACCCCGUAUUCCAGAGACCUGCCGUUGAUCAGUCACCGAAGGUCCCUGCUACACCAUCAACGCCUUAUGAUCCAGUUCCUCCAAUACUUACCAAUGCACAGCUGAGGAACGAUGGCCAUAGCAAUUGCGCACAAGAAGAGAGACGGUAUCAGUCGAGGACAGAACUUGCCUCAAGGGUUGGUAGUGUACCUUUUACAGAAACUCCCGUACAUGCCAGUUCCGCAAUGAAAUCGGAUAUGUUGUACAGUAGUAGCGUACCGGUGAAAGUCACAUCGCAGGUAUCCGAUGUCAACUCUUUAACGCCUUCCGUUGAUUCUGGGUACAAGUCCUCGUCGUACCAGACGUUGGCAUCGAGUCUGUCGGGGAUGAGGCCACAGGAAACUAGUUCUGAUGUGACAAAGUACAUAGGACAAGAUGGCUCAGAGACCACGAUUAGAAACACCACAGAGCGUAGGAAGAAGACGGUCCAAAUUGAAGCGGUUCAAAACAAAGACGGGUCAUUUCAUUAUCCCGCUAUUCCCGUUACCCAGUGGAAGGGUGAUUCUGGUAGCAAAGCGAUAGAACAAUCAUCGUCAUCGCAGCAUCAACCUAGAGUCAACAUCCAGGUCAAUCCUUAUGAAGAGGUUGAUAGCUUUCUUCCAAGGCCAGGCGAUAGUUCAAAAACUUCCUUAAGCCUUCAGAAGCAAAGCGAUGGACAGUCUUCAACCAUAUCCUCAGGAAACUUGCGCUCUCCAACAUCUGCCUUUGUACCUCUCACUGUCUCAACAUCCAUGGGAGAGCAUCUCUAUGAUACCUCCAUACACUCCUCUUCUUCCUCUUCUUCUACUUCAUCCAUACCAACCGCUUACUAUUCUCAUCACCAUAGAAACAAUCAUAAUCCUCAUCACCAAUCUCAACGUAACCCUGGUAGUGGUAAUCAUCCUGGUAGUGGGUAUCAUCCUCAUAGUAACCAAUCACAACAGUACAUCCACACACAACAGUCUUCCAGUAACAACUCACAACAAUACCAGUCUACCCCCCAAAAGGGUUCCUCUAUGCACCCCUCCCAGGUAGGGUCUAGGGAUUGGAACUCACAACAAUACCAGUCUACCCCCCAAAAGGGUUCCUCUAUGCACCCCUCCCAGGUAGGAUCUAGGGAUUGGAACUCACAACAAUACCAGUCUACCCCGCAAAAGGGUUCCUCCAUGCACCCCUCCCAGGUAGGGUCUAGGGACAGGGAAAUCGAGUCCUUCUCCCAUGCAUCUGAUACAAGCUCAAGGGAAGUGUCCAACCAAGCAGAACUUACCCCUUCACAACACUUGCUGAAGUCAGCAUUCCGAAAAGCAGACUUUCUUCUCUCUCCAUCAAGUAUACCAAGUCUUUCAAGACCCAUCCCCAUCCCUAUCCAAAGUGAGCGACCAAAAGUCAGUUUCCAUGACCAAAGCAAAGAGCAUGGGUCCGGAUUGCCCACAGGUAGCUUCCACAGGGUCGUUUCACCUGAGGUGGAACAACCACCAAGGGCCUCCUCUGUACCUCCAACUCUCCCCUCUUAUGAUUGGGUCAUGAACCGGAUCAGGGAGCUCAGAAGGGGCACUAAUAAUGUUAACCAAAACAAAGGUGUGAGUUCCAGGGGACAUUCAAGUGACAGGGCUGGGGAAAGCAAGUUGGAUAGCAGCCAGAAGGUUGGCAGUAAGGUUCACUUUGACUUGCGAAAUGAGGUGAUAUCCAGCAGUCUCGCUCCGAGGGGUCAUGUCACAAAUCAAAGUAAGACGAAUGUAGUCCAGCCAAUCCCUCAACGCCCAGCAAGACCUCAGUUUGAAAAUUUGGCAACCUUACCCCCUAAGGGUAACACUCGUAGUAGGACUCCACAAGAGCCCCAAAAGCACCAGACCCAUAAUUUACGCGAGAUGGUUUCCAAUAAUGUUCCUAACAGGAGAGAGGAGAUAGAGCGCUGGAAUAAUUACGGGUAUAGCUAUGACAACAGUUCUAUGCAAGAGACUGGUCAAACAUUGCCAGGAUCGACUCCUGCAUCACAGAGCUUCGUUCCAACCAGUCCUAUACAACAGAAGAUGGAUGGCGAAAGGAGUCCGGUAGGACGUCAUUAUCAUAUUCCAGAAUCACGAUUGCCAGAUUAUCAACCUUACGAGCAGCAAACCGAUCAGCAGCCGACUCAAACGGAGCGCAAAGUGCGGACGUUAAACAAACAAACCCUGCAUGUGGAGUCCUCUAACCCAUCUCAAAGUGUGACUUUUAACACUACCCAUCCCCCUCUUUCCUCCAUGCAUGGAAGCACCCCUCCCCAGGAGCGAGUCUUCACCCGUAGCGUGAGCAACUCUGGCCUUAAUGAACUUGAGACUAACAAUAACAACUCCAGCGGAGAGGAUGCCUUCAGUAGUCUUGACGAUGCUGUCAAGAUGCUCUCUCACUGGAGUAAUGAAAUCCAGAAACUCAGCGCCCCUUACAAAUCACCAUCAUCGAUUGACGCUAACCAUAACACGCAUGCCUCACUAGACAACAGUGCCAUCCUUUCUCAUCAUCAACUCAACAACAACAACCAGUCUGAUGACAGGAUUAACCCAUCUCACUUUCAAACCCACCAAUCCAACGGCGGGUACCAUUACUCAUCUCAAACAUUGACCAAUCACAGACCUCAGGCUACAUCCACGCCCAGAAAGAACUUUGAUGAGGUGGAUCUGCACAUUGAUGAACCAACAGAGGUAGACAACAUACCAAAAGGGUUGGUGGCGGACAGAUCUCCAAAUUUUAUGGACAGGUCGCCCCCGGCUGCCCAGACCCGCCCACCUCGUCGCACCAACAAUCAGUCCGGGUACGACUCUGAUACUGGUAUCCAGCAGUACUACCGCCCCCCUCGUAGGCGCAACUUUAUUGACCCUGGAGCAGAGGUCUGGCUUCAAAACCCCGGUGGACUCCCAAGGAAGGAGACUGAAUAUUGGAACCGGAAGGAUGGACUGAAGUCUAAAGAACCUCCAAAGGAGUAUGACCUGAGUUCAUCCAGCGAGAGCAUCUCUGGUCCCAAGACACCCAAGUUCCCUGUCGGUCCCCGGGCUUACGCCAACAUGACCAAGACCUUCAUUGUCAAUACUGGAGCGCCACCGCAUGGUGAGAUAGGAAAGGCCUUGCCGCCCCAACUGCAUGCCGGCUAUCACCCUGGACCUGAUCAGCCGCUCCCUCUGCAGCGCACCAUGCAUCGCCAGGACAGCUUUGAGAUCCCGCCCGUGCCCGAGUCUGCACCACGACGCACGCCCACCGCCGAGGUGUACUCCCCACCCCCUCCACCCCCUCCUGCCCCCGUUCAGGAGCCCGCCAGGGAGACCCCCCAGCCCAUGUACUCGCAGAAGAGGGUGAUCACCGUGGAGCACAGGACGGAGCCUAACAGACAGCCCCAGGAGUGGACCCCUACCCCAGUGGCUCCUAGUCCAGAGCAUAGGUACUACACACCACCAGCCACGAGGCAAACUCCUCUGGGAGAUGAGCCACUCAGGCAACUGGAGUACCUGGAGAGUGAGCCAUGGAUGGGCCGUCAACCAAUCCUGCAUUCUCCUCCUCAUCGUCCCAACUCACCAGUCGAGGUAACGCCCUGGACGCCACCUGUCGUUACCAACACCAUGUCUUCUACCGGUCCUAUGCAUACGGUAAGCAACGGUGUACCUCAGACGGUUACAACCACCCAGUGGAGACGGGAGAUCACCCAUCAACAACAACCCAUAGAGAUCACUCCUAUUACUAGAGAUGUAGCAGAAGAAGUGGAAGCCAGAAAACCAAGGAAUCUUGAACCUCCUGUAAGUCUUGUUGAAGAUGUGAUCGAACCGCCUACAGUCUCUCCGGUUGUUGAAGCAAGAUUCACCCCUCGCUAUGUGCGGGAAGUCAAUGCUGCUCCCCCACCCUCCCAGCAGGCACCCCUACCCCAGAUGGCCAGUACCCCACCCCAGCCCAGGGUGAUACAGUACCAGGAGCAGCCACCCCGCCCCAUGGCUCCGGAGCCCCCUAUCACAGUGGUGCGGCUCCACCCCGUGGAGCUUGGUCCGAUCCAGGUGGUCCCUAUCGAGGCUCAGGUCAUGGUUGACAGGCAGGUUCAAUACCCGGUCCAAGACACCACACAGCAAGGUGCACCUGUCCAGGCACCAGUCAACAGUCAACAGUACCAGGCUCCACCAACACAACUCCAAGAGAGUGUGGCAACCCCUCCCUCAUAUGGUUCAGUCAUGGCCAGACCUCCAUCACCUAGUUUUGGUGUUAUGAACAGCUCUGCCCCUCAAGUCUCCCAUGGUGUUGUCCAGAGCCCACCCUCCUCCUCUAUGUCUUACGAGACAGUCCCGCGUGCCUCAGCACCCUCGUCUUACUCCACCGUGCAGCAGGUCUCACCGCCGCUGUCCUAUGGAACGGUCCAGGGCACUCCGCAGCGGGCAGUGAUGACAAGCCCCGGCCAGACGUCAUCUACCAUUACUCAGCAGAGGAUUGAGGUGCGGGAGAUCACCCACACCGAGAGCAUACCCGUAUCGCACACCCCUCAGCAACCGCAACAGCAACAGCCACAAGUUCAGCCACAGCAGCAGCAGCAGCAACAAGAACCACUAAUGCAGCAGCUGACCCAGCAACAGGUUCAACAAGACGUACCAUCACAACCAGAACAAGCACCGGUGUCGCCCGCCGAGCAGCCAUCGCCAACACCCAACGAGCGCCUGCUCAACCAGCCUAAACCACCGGUGCAGUACCCGACGUUCAGUGAUAGACACCGUAAGGCUGCUAAGGGUCCUGCUGAUGACUCUCUACCUAACGGUGGGGCAGGAUACAGGACCAUAUAUGACAACAAGAGACAAAGGUCUUCACUUGGCAAGUAA